AUGGCCGGCCCGCGAAAGAAAAAGACUAUUCAGAUGGCUUUGGAGACCCCCCACCCUGUGCCCAAUAAUUGGGAGGAAGUCUAUGGUUUGAUUAAAGAAAUGCGUCAGUCUAUGCAAGCACCUGUAGACGUAAUGGGCUGCGACGCUUCCAUGAAGGAAGUCGGAGAUCCUCGGACGAAGCGCUUCAGUACGCUUAUCAGCUUAAUGCUUAGUUCCCAAACCAAGGAUGAGGUCACACAUGCAGCCGUCCGAAGCUUGUCAGAAGCUCUUGGAGGUCUGACCGUUGACAAUAUACUUUCAGCUACCAAUGCGACGAUCGAAGCGGCGAUUUGCAAGGUGGGCUUUUGGCGGCGAAAGACUCAAUAUGUCCGGCAAACUGCCCAGAAACUUAAAGAUGAAUUUGAUUCAGACGUUCCGAAGACCGUGGAUGAAUUGUGUUCAUUACCUGGCGUUGGCCCUAAAAUGGCCUUCCUCGCACUGCAAAGUGCCUGGAACCUCAAUCAUGGCAUAGGUGUUGAUGUGCAUGUGCACAGAAUCACCAACAGACUCGGAUGGCACAAGCCCCCAACGACAAACCCUGAGCAAACAAGGCUUAACCUUCAAUCCUGGCUGCCCUCCGAAUUACAUCGCGAGAUUAAUCCCUUACUUGUCGGGUUUGGACAAGUCAUUUGCCUCCCCGUGAACCCAAGAUGCGAAGUUUGCAAGCUUAGCGACCGGCACUUGUGUCCGAGCGCCCGGGUAACAAGACGGAAAAAUACCGUCGGAACGGCGAGUUCUUCCAAAGAGCGGGGCGUGUUGCUCUCGCCGGCGAUAAGUGCCCAGGAUAGAGGGGAAUCGGAGUAUGCCUUGGUACAUGCAGAUUACAUGCCCAAGAUCGAGAUCGAGAUCGAGCCAUCAGGGGGCUUGGUCAAAAUAGAAAAGUAA